AGUGUUUCAGCAAGAUGCCGGGAAAGCCUGCGCCUAUCAAGAAGUCCCCUGCCAAGAAGGCUGCAGAGAGCGCACCUGAGCGCACCGCAGAGGCUCCACCUGCUGAAGCUGCACCUGCCGAAGCUCCUCCAGCCGAGGCAGCUCCCGCAGCCGAGGUGGAAACAGCGGCAGCCACCCCGGCAGAAGACACCCCCGCUGCUGAAGGAAAUGCUCCGGCUGCUGCUCCCGCUGCUGAAGAUGGUGCUGCUGCUCCAGCUGCAGAUGCUCCGGCAGACGCAGAACCUGCUGUAGUUGAGGAGCCACCCAAGGCCCCCACACCACCACCUCCUGCAGUCCCCACCAGCGCUCCUUUGGAUGUAUCUGUAGAGGAUGUUAAUGACUCCAGUCUCACCAUUAAGUGGAAGACACCAGAGACUAUCGGAGACUUAGGCCUGGACGGAUACACCGUCGAGUACUGCAAGGAUGGAACAUCAGACUGGGUUGUAGCUAAUGAACAGCUGACCCCAGCUAACCGGUACUGCAUCAAGAAUCUGAACGCAGGUGACCUGCUGCGUGUGCGUGUGGUGGCUGUAAACCCAGGUGGCCGCAGUGAACCUGGAACACUCGCUGCGCCUGUGCCAAUCCGCGAAAUUGUCGACCGUCCCAAAAUCCGCUUGCCCCGGACUCUGAGAUCCCGCUAUGUCAAGAAAGUUGGAGAGCAGAUCAACCUGCUCAUCCCAUUUCUUGGAAAGCCCAAACCUGCAGUGUCCUGGCUUAAGGAUGGUCAGCCUGUGGAUACCAAGAAGGUCAAUAUCAGGAACAGUGACAAGGACAGCAUCCUGUUCAUCCGCAGCGCUCAGAGGGAAGACUCUGGUGUUUAUGAGAUGACAGUUAAAGUGGACAGCUUUGAAGACAAAACCACAAUAACUCUUCAGAUUGUUGAGCGCCCUGGUCCUCCUGCUAGUGUAAAACUGGUGGAUGCCUGGGGCUUCAAUGCUGCUCUGGAGUGGACUCCUCCCAAGGAUAAUGGCAACACAGACAUCACAGGAUACACUGUCCAGAAAGCUGACCGGAAGACUGGGGAAUGGUUCACUGUGCUGGAGCAUUACCACAGGCUAACUGCGACCAUCUCAGACCUUGUCAUGGGAAACACGUAUUCCUUUAGAGUGUUUGCUGAGAAUCAAGUGGGCAUGAGUGAGAUGAGCGCUGUCACAAAGCAAGUGGCCACCAUCCAGAAGACAGGUAUUGUCUAUAAACCUCCCGAGUACAUUGAGCAUGACUUCAAUGAGGCUCCCAAGUUCACCACACCCCUCAGUGACCGAGCCGCCACUGUGGGAUACACCACCAAGCUGCUGUGUUCUGUUCGUGGAUGUCCCAAGCCUAAGAUCGAGUGGCUGAAGAAUCAGAUGAUCAUUGGUGAUGACCCCAAGUAUCGUCAGAUCUCCAACCAGGGCAUUUGUUCACUCGAGAUCCGUAAGCCCUGCAGCUUUGAUGGUGGUGUGUACACCUGCAGAGCUAAGAACGCCCAGGGAGAGGCCGCUGUCUCCUGCAAGCUCGAGGUCAAACAGGUCAUUCUUCCAGAUGCUGAGAAGGGGAAAUAAAGUAUUAUCUAAACAUCCAGAGAGAACCAGCAGAAGUCCAGGUCUUAUGUUAAGAGUGUUUGAGAAGGUGCAAGUUGGCUGUGCAGCAGUGUGUACGUAAUGAAGAAAGGGGCAGAACAACACAUCAACAUCUCCAUAUAUAUUUCUAUUUCAACUCACAUUCUGACUCUCCCACUGCUUCCAGCAUGCAUGGAAGACCCAGCCCAUCCCAG